AUGUCCCUCCAGAUCUCUAAAGAAGACACGCAAGUGUUGUUGAAAGACAAGAACGUGCUAAAUGAGCCUACCGUUGAGAAGUACAGGACUGCGGGCCAAAUAGCGCAGACUGGUCUCAGAUUCUUGAUCAACAUGAUCAACAAGAUGUACCAUGAGAAGUCAGCUGCGCCACUGCCUAUUCACCAGCUUUGUUUGCUUACAGACUCGUUCAUUGCGGAGUGUUUGAGCACGAAGUUCAACAAUAAGGUGAACGAGAAGGGUAUUUCGAUGCCCACCUGCAUCGACGUUGACGAGAUUAACGAGAACUGGUGUCCCGAAGUGGACGACAUUGAGAACUUGCAGCACUGGAACCAGAAGUCGAGAAACAGCAAGUCCAUUGAGAAGUGUAAUGGUGUGAACUCCAGUUUAGCUGGGUUUUUGAAAGUGGGCGAUGUUGCCAAGAUUACAGUGGGGUGCCACAUUGACGGGUACACCUGUAACUUGUCGCACUCCAUGGUGAUCUACCCAACGGUCCAAGACGCUGCUUCAGGCCAAACCGUGCCUGAGGCUGCUUUGCUAGGUGGUAAGGCCGAUGCGCUUGCUGCCACCCAUAUCGCCGUCGAAACUGUGACCAACCUUUUGGCGUGCGCCAACGACUUGACCAAGCUUCCCGCUGACUUCAACGCUUCCCAGGUCACCGGGAGCUUGAUCAGAGUUGUGGUCGACACCAUCGCUCAGUCGUACAACUGUUGUGUCGUGCCCGGCUCUCGUGUGAGAAGAAUCAAGAGAUUCCUCUCGGGACAAAACGAAAAUAUCAUUGUCGAAAGAGACUUCAAAGGUGUGAUCUGGACCGAAUCCCACCAGGAGUCUAGCAUGCUAGCUAAGACUGUGGACGAAACCGCCGUGGACAUCAAGCGCAAGAACCCAUUCAUCACCGAAGAUACCGUGGUCCCAACCGACGACUUCGUCGUCGCCAAGGGCGAAGUCUACAUGAUCGACUUGAAGUUGGCCCCAUUGCAGGGCCUCGAACCAGGUUUGAUCACUUUGCAAACCGUGGACCAGUUCUCCGGUAAGUCAGAGUCUGCUGACUUGAUCGCUAGACCAGGUGCCAUCUGCCGUGACUUCUCCAGAACCCACAUCCUCAAGUUGAGAUCCUCAAGACAACUCUUGGCCAGAUUGGACAAGCAAGGUGUCUACCCAACCAAGCUCGCCCACGUCGCCGAUUCCUUCCCAUUAGACACCCAGGAACCUGACUUCGAGUCCAUCAAACAGGAGUUGAAGCCUUUCAGACUCGGUUUGUCAGAACUAGCCAACAACUACCUAACGUUCAACAGAGAUAUCACCAUCGUAAAACACGUCCCUUGGGCUAAAAUCCUAGAACUAACGAAUCCAGCAGGUGUGUCCAGUUACGACGCCAUGGCAAAGCAUAAGGGUCUAUACCCAGGCUUCGAACUACCACUACCAAAACUAGGUCUAUCCAACCUACAAUUAAAGUCCUUGUUGAAGAAGCACUCUAGCCCAGUUCCUGUCGUACGUCAAUGCAUCACCGUCGCUAUCUGCGACGAAGAAUUGCUAAGAAUCAGCGGUAAACUAAAACCAAACUGGGUCCAUUCCGUGUACUCAAUGGAUGCUACAAACAACAUCGUCGCUGGUAUCUUUAAGCUCGCUCAAUUGUCCGAGGAUAAGAGAUUCGGUUUGAAGAUCAGAGAAACCCAACCAUGGAAAAUGAAGAACUGA